AUGCUGAUGGAGGAUUCAAGUUUUGAAGAUGAGUCUGGUGAUGAACAUGAUGGUUAUGAUCCUGUUCGCAGCCGGAUUGUGGAUAAUCAAAAUGUAUCAUAUAAACCUAGAUAUGUUCCUUCUGAAGCUGAUGAAAAUUCGGGCUCUGACGAUCUAAGUGAUGAUCUGGAAGAUCACUUAUCUUAUUCUCAUAAUCCUCCACAUUCUCCAGUUGAUUCUUCGAGUGAGCAUUCGAUCGUUAAAUCUGAACAAAAUCAUUUUUCGGAGAAUCUGGAUUACGAUAGGGAAUAUCACGUUGAACCUGUUGUGGAUGUCACUACCCCAGGUUAUGCUCCAAGUCAAGCUUUAACUCCCGAAUCCAGUCCUGCCCUGAGUUAUUCCGGAAGUGAACAUGCAUCAGAUGUAAAUGUGACUAGGAAAGCUGAUCCAAAUAUUUCUAGUGAAGUGCAUCAGGAAGAUGAAGUCGAACACGAGAGCAACGAUGACUCAGUAAGCGAAAAAGAUCAGGAAGAGUUUCAUCAACAGGAAGUCGAUGAAACUCCUCAAGUGAAUUCUGUAGAGAAAUAUCCUACAACCAAACAUAAUUCUCCCAUCGAAUCACUCCGGUAUAAUAAUUUCCCUGACAUUUUUGAAGAUCAUGAUGAUGAUCAAGAUCAAGGUAAAUUCAAUGAAGACUUCGAAGGUUUUGAGAGAGAUGAACAACCAGAAUCUCAAGUGGAUGGCAUCAUAGCAGAUAUAUUUGGCGAAAGUGAUGCAGAAGAAGAAUUUGAGGGCUUCGCCGAAAAUGAACUGGACAAAGGUAUUGAAGAGGAGGUUGAAGUUCAAACAUCUAGUGAGUUAGUAACAAAAAAAGGUCCCCUUACGACAGCUGGAGAAAACGAAGGGGAUGAAGAGUCUGAACAUGAUGAUGAGUUCGUUUCCGACUUUGACCGGAUAAUGGAAAAAAAGAAAGAAGAAUCACGACGAAGACGUAGACGUAAUAGGGAUAUUGAAUUCCUUAAUGAUAGUGAUGAUUUGAUUGUUGAAACCAUUUCUCGAAUGAAAAGUGCUGCCGAUGAAGACAGACAGUUACUUACAGCUAGUCGACCAGCGACCAAGAAACUGAACAUGCUCAAAGAAGUAUUAGCUAUUCUUAGGCGAGCUGACCUGAAAUCCGCCUUAAUAGAAAAUGGAAUGCUUUCCGCUAUAACUGAGUGGCUAUCCCCUUUACCUGGUCAUACACUCCCGAAUCUCGUUAUUCGUGACUCUAUGUUGACUAGUCUCAGUGAGUUCCAGUCACUGUCAUCUGAAGUUCUUCAAGAAUCCGGUAUCGGGAAAGCCUUGAUGUAUUUGUACAAACACCCGAGAGAAACUCGAGAAAACAAGGAUAGAGCUGGAAGACUUAUUAAUGAAUGGCUCCGACCCAUAUUCAACUUGACUAGUGACUAUCGGACUCUCACUAAGGAGGAACGUAAACAGCUAGAUUAUGAACAUUUACCUAAGCGGAGAAACAUCGAUAACGAGGCCUACAACCAUCGGGACAUUAACCGUGAAUUGGAUGGUGAAGCCAAAGGACUUUUGAGGCCUGGUGAUCCUGGAUGGGUUAAUAGAGCCCGAGUUCCUCAACCGUCAAAUAAAGAUUAUAUUAUCCGACCAAAAUGGCGUGUUCGAGAGAAUGCUACUGGAGAUGAUAAUGACGAAGAGGGAAAUGAUGAUCAGACAGAACAAUCUCAGUCACUUUCUCGAAAGCAUCGAAAAACACGAACAUCUGGUUUUGGAGCUACAUCACGAAUUGAAAGUCAUAUUCGAAAUUUAAGUAAUAGUGCUCGUAAAAGUCAUGCCAAAGCUGCUCGUGCAGUUCCAAUGAGUAUUGAAGGUCGUAAUAUGUCACUAUGA